UUUGAAAUUUGCGCUGUCAUAAUCUAAAGUGACGUCGGUUGGCGCAGCGAGCCGCGACGAGUGAAAAAUGGCCGCGAACGUGAGAACAGAGAUGCGAAUACCAACGCGCGCGGCGCCUCGUCCUCCUGGCCAAAGUACGACGCAGAGGGAUCCGAUCUGGAGCAGCAGUAAUGACAUUUUUGGAGGCAGCUUGAUGACGCAACCCGUACAAAAGAAAAAGCCACCUCCUCGGCCGCCACCUCCGAAAUUUAAUCAGAAUCAUAUACAGUAUCAAAAGGAUCAGAAAUUAAGAAAGCCGGCCAGACCAACAGAACUGCUGACUAAUUUCUUUGGACGAAAGAAGCAAGAAAAUCCUUUUUUGUCACGUCCUACCAAUCAAUUGCAGAAUCCGACAUUACAAUCUACAAACUCUAUGGCAGCGGUAUCUUUGAUAGAUCUCAGUCCACCUAGAUCACCAACAUUUACAACUCGUUCCAGUGAUGGAGUCAGCAUCGACAGUUUUGGUAGUGAUGGAAAUUCUAAUCCAUCUGUGUUCACGAGUAGUGGUAACACAUCGCAAACGGAAAGUGCCUUUGAAGAUGAUUUUGAUUUUUUUGGUAUGUCCACCAAAAAAAUAACGCAAAAUGAUCCAUGGCAAACUAAGACAACAAUCCAAGAUCCAUUUGGACCUCUGGAAGAAACAUGUUCAAGUGUGCCUCAAAGCGCUGGUGGCACGUGCCUCUUUCCUUUAAAUUCCAACAAUUGUAUAGCGAAUAAUAUGCCUUCCAAUUUGAUUGCUUCUAAACCUCUUAUCACAUCGAUGCCUACGAUAAUUCGAGUAAAACCUCCUAAGCCUCCAGCACCAAGGAUACCAUUUAAGAAGUUCGAACCAAUACCUAAGGAACCAUGUAUCGAUUUUAAAGUUUCAAAUAACAGUAUGGUGAAUAAAUCAUUGACGAUAGAUUUUUCUAACACCUGGCCUGAUGAUUAUGAAGAAAAUAAUAGUCCAUCGCCACCCAUGCCUACAAUUCCACCACCAGCACCACCUGCGGAUUAUUUGGCAGAAUUAAACGGCGAGGUUGGCGGAGAAUCCAAAAAUAAACCUUAUGGUGUUGCACUGUAUGACUUCCCAGCAACACAUCCAGAUGACUUAGCUUUAGAAAAGGGCGAUAUUGUGCAACUGAUAAAAAAAGUCAACAAUGAUUGGUUGGAGGGAAGAAUAGGAAAUCGUCAAGGAAUCUUUCCAUUUAAUUUCAUUGACAUUAAAAUACCUCUACCAGGCUUACCGGAUAACAUAGUUACAGCACUUUAUACUUUUCUAGGAGAAACCAAUGACGACUUGUCAUUUGAAGAGGGAGCAAAAAUUACAGUCAUAUCGAGGAUAUCAGAGGAUUGGUUGUAUGGUGAGUACAAUGGUAGAAAGGGACAAUUUCCAGCAAAUUAUGUUAAUAGACUUCCGCAUAAUAUCUAAAUAUUUUCUCAAUAUUUUGUAUUAAAAUAUUAACAAAUUAUUAUUCUGGAAAUCUUCGUAUUGCAAACAUUUAGAAUUAUCAAUUGUAUCUUUAUAAAUCAAUAUUAAGAAUAGUGGAAAAAGGGAAAUAUAAAAAUGAAUUUUGUAUGAUCGUGUACAAAUUAAAAAAAAAUUCAAAUUUUAGAAAACUUUAUCAAUGGAAAGACUGAAUUACACAUACGAUUUUUAUUGUCGUGUUCUAAUAACAAUAAUCUUUGAAAGUAUAAUCACAAUAUAUUAUCUUUAGGAAUCAAAAGAUAACAUUUCUUACGAUGUUAUUGAUAAAAUGUACAAUUUGUUUA